AUGUCGACUCACAAAGCCCUGGUGCUUCACGCCCGGGACAAGCCCCUCGUUCUGGAAGACGUGCCACGCCUCGUCGCAUCGACUGGUGAUGCCAUUGUUCGCAUUCUUGCUGCUGACAUUGUCCCUUAUAUGGGCGAUGUGAUAAGCAACAAGCGCCCCUACCCACUGACAGUGCCGAUGACACCGGGAAACACCGCAAUCGCGCGGAUCCACGAAGUCGGCCCGGACUCCGUGGCUCUCAAGCCAGGCCAGCUUGUUUUCUGCGACAUCACUAUCCGAGCACGAGACAACCCCUCUGUCUCUAUCCUCUAUGGCAUCCACGGUGGUGGUUACCCCGCGGCGCAGAAGCUCAUGGACGGAGUCUGGCGCAACGCGACAUAUGCUGAGUACGCGCGGUUUCCGCUGGAGAACCUUUACCCUCUGAAUGAGGAGCUCCUUCUUGGAAAGUUUGGUUACAACAUCAAUGACCUCUGUCUCCUGCCUGUGUGCUUGGUUCCAUUCGGUGGUCUAUCCGAGGUUGACGUAAAGCCCGGCGAGAUUGUCAUCAUCGGCCCCGCAACAGGCCGGUACGGUGGUGCUGCUGUGAACAUAGCGCUAGCAAUGGGCGCGAUCGUCAUCGCUGCCGGGCGAAACAAGGCUGCACUGGAGAACCUCGAAUCAAUCCAUGGCACAACCCGCUUAAAGACAGUCCAGCUCACUGGUGACGGUGCCUCUGAUACAGAGUUGUUCCGUGCCGCGGCUAGCAAGCCGGAUGGAGCUGAUGUGUACCUCGAUCUCUCGCCGCCUGCAGCUAAGGGUUCCUCUCUGAUGGCGUCUGGCAUUCGGUCAUUGCGCGCGUUUGGACGAUGCAUUGUUAUGGGCGGAAAUGCUGGCAAUAUUGACUUCCCUUACCUCGAAAUUAUGUUCAAGAGUAUUCGGAUCCAGGGCCGGUUUAUGUACGAUCGCCGUCAUGUGAAGCAGCUGAUCCAAAUGGUAGAGUUCGGGUUACUUCCUCUCGCCGAAAAAGCUGGAGUCACUCAGACUGAGGAAUUCGGACUUGAGCGGAUUGACGACGCAUUGGAGGUGGCUGGGAAGCUGAACGGAUGGGGAAGUCAUGUGGUACUGAAGCCUUAG